GAAGAAAUUUCCGUCGGACCCGUCCUGUUGCCCGGCGUGCGGCGUGACCGUGAGGCCACAGGAAUUGGAGCAACAUUUCGCUCAGGAGCUCGACCGACUCUACAAGAUAUCCUCGGCGUCGUCUCGAUCGCGGGCGCCGAGAUCCAGCCUGCCCCCCGGCCACCCUCAGGAUCAUCCCCAUGGACCGAUGCUUCACGGGCCGUCGGCCGCUGACGGGACGCCUCACGGAAGAUGGGAGACGUACAAAAGGAUCAAGGCCAACAGACAGGCUAGAAUUCGCGUGAAGAACCGGAAACGAAAAGCAGACGAGCCUUCCUGCCCGGUUUGCAGCGAGAGGCUGUCCGGCACGCCGGAGGAAUUGAAUCAACACGUCGAAAGAUGCUUGAACAAACACAAUAAUGGAAACCCUGCUGGUCCGAAUAAUCUGGACGAGGAGGAGGUGGACGUCGAGGGCGAUGCUGAGACUUUCGAGGAGUACGAGUGGGCUGGACAAAGAAGAGUGCGAGCAACGUCCAUGCUUGUCGGUGGAUUUUCCGCCGCAGGUUUGGCGACGUCGUCGAGCAGUCGUUCAGCCGGCGGGAACGGUGGACCGAAUCAACAGGAGGAGGAGGACGUGGACCUGGUGGUCGACGGCGACGACGCCGCGGAAUUCGGACCGGCACAGUACUCCGAGGCGGACGUGGUCGCGCCACGCAUCGACGGCACACCGAGAGAGCAGAAGGAGAGAGACGCUCUCCGAGAGGCGGUGAUAUCGCCCAACGCGCCCAACACGCCGCACACGCCGGAGCAGCAAGUCGGUCAAGGCCUCGUCGAGGUGAAGCCCGAGCCGGGAACGGGGACUCCUCUUGGCCAUAACGAGCAGGACGAGAACGUCUCGGCGUCCCCGAGGAGGGACGGCGACACGCCGGUGAUCGAGGCUCUUCGAGGGAGAAUCCGGGAGCUGGAGGCGGAAAUGCGCGGGCAACCGUUCAAGUGUCUCAUCUGUAUGGAGCAGUAUAAAAAGCCUGUGACUUCCGUUUGCUGCUGGCACGUUCAUUGCGAACAAUGCUGGUUGCACACAUUGGGCGCGAAAAAGCUGUGCCCGCAGUGCAACAUGAUAACGUCGCCUUCGGAUUUGCGACGUAUCUACAUGUGAAGGGGUUCGCGUGUGCCAAACAAGACGUCGUCGCGUUACUCGUAGAAAAAGAGAAACAAGAGAGAGAAAGAGAGAGAGAGAGAGAGAGAGAGGAGAAAA